CGUCCGCUGCCGACGCCUGAAGGAGACUCCGGACACGAACACGGUCCCUUCCGGCUCCGUCCGCCGCCGGCCAACAGCCUCUCCGCCGCCGCCGCUACUGCUCCAUGCGGAAAAUGCUCGCCGUCGUUUCCCGCGUGCUGACGGGCGCCUCCCAGAAACCGGGAGCUGCUAGUGAGGCUGGAAGAGUGCUAUUGGCAGCCAGAAACUUUGCGAAUGAUGCUUCAUUUGAUAUUAAGAAAUGUGACGUUCAUCGGCUUGAGGAUGAACCUCCCACCACAGCAGUUCUCACUAGAGAGGAAGGACUCAAGUACUAUAAAAUCAUGCAGACUGUCCGUCGGAUGGAAUUGAAAGCAGACCAGCUGUAUAAGCAAAAGAUCAUCCGUGGUUUCUGCCACUUGUAUGAUGGUCAGGAAGCUUGUUGUGUGGGGCUUGAAGCUGGUAUAAAUCCUACAGAUCAUGUGAUUACAGCCUAUCGAGCACAUGGCUUUACUUAUACUCGUGGUCUUCCCGUUCGAGAAAUUCUGGCAGAGCUUACGGGACGAAGAGGGGGAUGUGCCAAAGGAAAAGGAGGCUCUAUGCACAUGUAUGCCAAGAACUUCUAUGGUGGCAACGGCAUUGUUGGAGCUCAGGUACCUUUGGGAGCUGGUAUUGCCCUGGCCUGUAAGUACAAUGAAAAAGAUGAGAUCUGUUUGACUUUGUAUGGAGAUGGUGCUGCUAAUCAGGGUCAGAUAUUUGAAACUUACAAUAUGGCAGCUUUGUGGAAAUUGCCUUGUAUUUUCAUUUGUGAGAAUAAUCGAUAUGGAAUGGGAACUUCUGUAGAGAGAGCAGCAGCCAGCACUGACUAUUACAAAAGAGGAGACUUUAUUCCAGGAAUAAGGGUAGAUGGUAUGGAUGUUCUGUGUGUCCGUGAGGCAACAAAAUUUGCAGCUGCCUAUUGUAGAUCAGGAAAGGGCCCCAUGUUGAUGGAACUGCAGACAUAUCGUUAUCAUGGACACAGCAUGAGUGACCCUGGUGUCAGUUAUCGUACUCGGGAAGAAAUUCAGGAAGUAAGGAGUAAGAGUGACCCUAUCAUGCUUCUCAAAGAUAGAAUGGUGAACAACAACCUUGCCAGUAUUGAAGAAUUAAAGGAAAUUGAUGUUGAAGUAAGGAAAGAGAUUGAGGAUGCCGCCCAGUUUGCUACAGCUGAUCCAGAGCCACCUUUGGAAGAAUUAGGCAAUCACAUCUACUGCAGAGAGCCACCUUUUGAAGUUCGAGGUGCAAAUCAGUGGAUCAAGUACAAAUCUGUCAGCUAAAAGGAAGUAUGUGUUGAAACUUAUAUAAGGUCUUUAAUGGAACUUUAUCUUGUCAGCUCUAAGAAACUAAGUGUUAGGGAUGAACCUUCACAAACAAGCAUUUUGAAUUGUCAUUAGAAGAUACUAAAUUCAGGGCAGCUAGGUGGUACAGUGGAUAGAGCUCCAGCCUUGGAGUCAGGAGGACCUGAUUUUAAACCCAGCCUC